AAUUGCUUUUAAAAAUUUUAUUAGAUAUAAAGAUUAGGUAUAAAAUAUAUGCAAAUUACCAAGAAACAUCUUUUUUGGUGGGGUACAAUGGGGCAAGUUUCUAGUUUUGCCCAUUAAAAAAAAAAAAUCCUUCCCAAUUUUUGAGGCUUCUGCCACUGAACACGGCUGCUCGCGGCCCGUCUUCCCGCCGGGCUCGGCAAACGCGUCUUUGAUCGUGACUCAGCCCGGCCCGUUCCGUGCCAAGCUGACGCUCGCGGCGGGGGCGCCCGGGCCGCCGCUCGGGGGCGAGGGUUCGCGCCGCGGUUCGCGCCCGCUUCUCUCGCUUUACGGCUGCUGAAAACCCGGCCCGGCCCGGCAGCCGUACCGCAGACCAGCCCGCGCCCGCGCCGCUCAGGUUCACAGAGGCUGGGUUACAAAGCAAGGGCAGCCCUGCACCAUUUCCUGAUUGCAGAGAAAACAGCUGUUGCUCUGGGGCUGAUUUCAUACAGCUGGAGAGCUCCAACUUCAGGUAGCAGGGAAAAAGAUGGCCUAUCAGAAGGUCAAUGCAGAUCAAAGAGCUCCAGGACACUCACAGUACUUAGACAAUGAUGACCUUCAAGCCACUGCCCUUGACUUAGAGUGGGACAUGGAGAAGGAACUAGAGGAGCCUGGUUUUGACCAAUUCCAGCUAGACAGUGCUGAGAAUCAGGACCUAGGGCAUUCAGAGACUACAGACCUCAAUCUUGAUUCCAUUCAACCAGCAACUUCACCCAAAGGAAGGUUCCAGAGACUUCAAGAAGAAUCUGACUACAUUAGCCAUUAUACACGAUCUGCACCAAAGAGCAAUCGCUGCAGCUUUUGCCACCUUUUAAAAAUACUUUGCACAGCCACCAUUUUAUUUAUUUUUGGGAUUUUGAUAGGUUAUUACGUACAUACAAAUUGCCCUUCAGAUGCUCUAUCUUCAGGAACAGUUGAUCAUCAGUUAUACCAAGAGAUUCUCAAGACAAUCCAGGCAGAAGAUAUUAAGAAGUCUUUCAGAAAUUUGGUACAACUGUAUAAAAGUGAAGAUGACAUGGAAGUUUCAAAGAAGAUUAAGACUCAGUGGACUUCGUUGGGCCUAGAAGAUGUACAGUUUGUAAAUUACUCUGUGCUGCUGAAUCUGCCAGGCCUUUCUCCCAGCACUGUGACUCUAAGCAGCAGUGGUGAGUGCUUUCAUCCUGAUGGCCAGCCUUGCGGUGAAGAAGCCAGAAAAGAUAGCAGCCAAGACCUCCUCUACUCAUAUGCAGCCUAUUCUGCCAAAGGAACUCUCAAGGCUGAAGUCAUUGAUGUGAGUUAUGGAAUGACAGAUGAUUUAAAAAGGAUUAGGAAAAUGAAAAAUGUAACAAAUCGGAUCGCACUCCUGAAAUUAGGAAAAUUGCCGCUGCUUUAUAAGCUUUCCUUAUUGGAAAAAGCUGGAUUUGGAGGUGUUCUUCUAUAUAUUGAUCCUUGUGAUUUACCAAAGACUGUGAAUCCUAGCCAUGAUACCUUCAUGGUGUCACUGAAUCCGGGAGGAGACCCUUCUACGCCUGGUUACCCAAGUGUCGAUGGAAGUUUUAGACAAAGCCGAUCAAACGUCACCUCCCUGUUAGUACAGCCCAUAUCUGCCUCCCUGGUUGCAAAACUGAUCUCUUCGCCAAAAGCUAGAACCAAAAAUGAUGUCUGUAGCCCUCUAGAGCUUCCAAAUAAUGAAAUAAGAGUCAUCAGCAUGCACGUUCAGACAGUCACAAAAUUGAAAACAGUAACUAACGUUGUUGGAUAUGUAAUGGGCUUGACGUCUCCAGACCGGUAUAUCAUAGUUGGCAGCCAUCAUCAUACUGCACACAGUUAUAAUGGACAAGAAUGGGCCAGUAGUACUGCAAUAAUCACAGCGUUUAUUCGUGCCUUGAUGCCAAAAGUUAAAACAGGGUGGAGACCAGACCGAACUAUUGUUUUCUGUUCUUGGGGAGGAACAGCUUUUGGCAAUAUUGGCUCAUACGAAUGGGGAGAGGAUUUCAAGACGGUUCUUCAGAAAAAUGUUGUGGCUUAUGUUAACCUCCAUAGUCCCAUAAGGGGUAAUUCUACUCUACGUCCGGUAGCAUCACCAUCUCUUCAGCAACUGGUAGUAGAGAAAAAUAAUUUCAACUGUACCAGAAGAACUCAGUGCCCAGAAACCAAUAUCAGUUCUAUACAGAUACAAGGUGAUGCUGAUUAUUUCAUCAACCAUCUUGGAGUUCCCAGCGUGCAGUUUGCUUAUGAGGACAUCAAAACAUUAGAGGGUCCAAGUUUUCUCUCUGAGGCCUUUUUUUCUACACAAUCAACAACAGUUGAAGAAAUGGAUCCGUUUUUCAACCUUCAUGAAACCAUUACUAAGCUUUCGGGAGAAGUGAUUUUGCAAAUUGCCAACGAACCUGUUCUGCCCUUUAAUGCACUUGAUAUAGCUUUAGAAGUUCAAAACAACCUUAAAGGUGAUCAACCCAACACUCAUCAACUGUUAGCCAUGGCGUCACGCCUGCGGGAGAGUGCUGAACUUUUUCAGUCUGAUGAGAUGCGACCUGCUAAUGAUCCCAAGGAGAGAGCGCCCAUCCGCAUCCGGAUGCUGAAUGACAUUCUUCAAGACAUGGAAAAAAGCUUUCUGGUGCAGCAGGUGCCACCAGGUUUUUAUAGAAACAUCCUGUACCACCUUGAUGAACAGACAAGCCAGUUUUCAAUACUCAUGGAGGCUUUGGAAUGCUGCAAACCCCUUGCGCCAGAUGAGACCCUUCAAGAAGCCCUGUCAGAGGUGUUGAACAGCAUUAAUUCAGCUCAGGUUUACUUCAAAGAGGGAUGUGAUGUGUUCAAGAGCAUCUUGGAUGGGAAGAAUUGAGAAAACUCUGAGAAUUUUUAAAAGUUUGUUUACAAUUUCACAAGCAAAAGCUCUAAUUUAACCAGAUUUUCUGACAUUGAAGGCUUAUUUUCCCCAAUGGCUUUUUGACAAGUUUAAAGCUAUUAUUACAUUGUAUUUUUUAAAUGUACACAUAAAAAGAACAUUUUGCACAUUUAAUAUUUUUCUUGUAUCUACAUUUCUAAAUAUGUAAAGCAAGUAAUUGAAAUGGUACUUAAGAAUUACCCAUUAAAAAUAAAUCAUAUAUAUACAUAUAUAUAUAUGAACUAUUUUGAUGAUGAAGUUCCAAGAAGUUCUGGACUAUCUUUGUUCCUAUCAGCAGAGCAUAUAAGGACACAGUUUAUUCCCUCUGAUAGAGCUAUUAAUGACCUAGUUUCUGUAUAAGAAAUGGAGAUUGAUAUGGUUUCAGAAUAAUUUCACUAUUAAGUGUUCAAUAUGAAGAAUUCAAGUAUUCUGACUGAGUGAUUGGUUGACCUAAACCACUUUGAAUGUUUCUAUUUUAUGAAAUGAAGUUUCUCUUCUUAACACAACUAGAUGUAGUAAUACCCUGGUUAUGAAAUUGUAUUUUUUUAAGUAUGAAUGAAAAAAGAGCCAUAAGCAUUCCAGGGAAAAAUCUCAAGGUACGCAGAGCAAUUUAAAUGCAAAUUUUUUUCCCAACAACUUAAAAGGUGACUAGCUUUGAAACCCCUAAUUUGCCUCAGUUGGUUUUCUAAGAAUUUCAGGAGUGAUGUAUGUCUUAUAAGGGAGAAAAAUAUUUCUUAUUACCUUUUCUCUUGUUUCUGUUGGAAACACUGAAACAGGGACUCCUUUAAAAUGAAAGCAUCUCACAUUGGUUUUCUUUCUUGAAUGUUUCCUGAAACUCCUUGCUGUAAGGCAGCUUUCACAGAGUACUACAUAUUUUCCACAGUAAAGUAGCAGUUUCUCUUUGAAACCCAAAAUAUCUUCUAAAGCAUCAAAUUUCUAUUUCUGCCUCUGACAAAAAGAACUUACUAUAAAAGAAAUAGCUGUUUUUAUCAAUAAAACUCUUUAAUUCUAUGAAUAAA